GUCAUACACCUGAUGUCCACUGAACAAGAUCAGGCCAGUACUGUGGACGAAGUAGGCACAUGCGCGUGCGGUAAAUCCAGCAUCACGAUUAAAGGCGGCUUUCCUACGAACAAAACAGGCAUAGUCUGCUACUGUACAACAUGCCAGAAACUCGGAGGCGGUUUCGGCACAUACGUUACAGGAUUGCCGAGGGAAUCGGUUGCGGUAGCGGGAGAUGAGGUCAAGACUUGGCACAACCCUGGAAAGAGUUCCGGUAACCCCGUGGACAUGCUAUUUUGCGGCGAAUGCGGUUCCAAUCUGGUUGGUUAUCCCGCCCAUCAUCAGCAAGCCUUUGUCAAGCUUGCUCUGUUCGGAAACAAGCUGAAACCAGGCCUCGAACUGUACAAGGACAUGGUACCCGAGUUUGUCCCGUCUCUAUUGAAGGAGAGUUGAGGAUUUACUGCAUGUGCACAUUGCACAGCAGUAGAGUACUUUCGCAAUUCGUGUCAACCCUGGUUGGAACUUGCAAUUGGCGAUGGUGUAUAGUCGGGGCGGGUUCUUGUGCUAUGGGCGAACUAGGGUAUGUAAGAGCCGUAAGUAGACCUGUACGGGUCCACGUAGUAGCGCCGUUAGAGAGUCUUAUUACUUGUGUAUAUAGUGCCAUUUAGUCAAACUCGCAGCGCGAAUUGCCACUUGAAA